UUGCAUCGGUUUCCAUUCCGUUCCAAACCACGAGACACGUCGCACGUCACCAUGGGCAAAGAGGAGAUGAUUAAAGGUGUGCUGUAUGUUGUGAAUGUGCUAUACGCGGUGUUCGGUUUAGUGACUGCUGCCACGGGAAUAUGGUUCUUCGUGCAACUGUCCGAAUUCGUAGCGUUGCGAAACAGCAACCACUACUUAUUGGACUAUCGAGUUUACUGGCCUCAAGUGGCACCAUGGCUGUUUAUACUCCUCGGUUUGUUUGUGAUGAUGGUGUCAUUCUGUGGAUGGUGCGGCGCUAACAAGGAAAGCAGAGGAUUACUCGGUAUUUAUGGCUUAUUUAUGGUGCUCAUCGUUGUUGGACAAGCAAUUGCUGCCACUCUGAUUUUCGUCUAUGUUGAUGGAGAGCAUACAGACCGUUUCAUCAAGGACACAGUGUACGAUGGAUAUUACAACUCUCAGUCAAACCCUGAUGUCUUCAAGGCAUUCGGAAGGAUCGAAAGGAAAUUGAGAUGCUGUGGGGCAAACGAUGCGCGUGAUUACAGGAGCUGGAGGAACGACCUUCCGUUGACGUGUUGCCAGGACAGCUAUUACAGAGCUACUUGUGAAUUCACCGAUAAGGAAGCUAAUGAAAGACUAGGUUGUGGUAAGGUAGCUGCUGUAUACACUAAAAUUAUCUGUUCAUCCGUUGCUGGAGCGUCGCUGUUGAUAUCAUUGGUGGAGAUCGCUGGGGUAAUUCUCGCCUACAGGCUAUUUCAUUCGCUGAGAGAAGUCGAGCACUAUUUGCCGGAACGAAAAGAGGGGGAAACUGAAUGCUAAGUGGGGUGAUGGAGGCAAUAUGGAUGGGUCAGGCAAGGUUUCAAAGGGUAUGAAAUGACCUUCAAAAGUUGUGCCAUAGGACUGGUUUUGUGUAGCUAAUAUUAUCAAAGGUUUUCCAAUCUCGCUAUUUCAAUGCAUAAUGCAUUGUGGGAAAUUAAUUUGUGUUCAUUUGUCAUAUGUGAAAUUUUUCCAUUCCAGUCCUCUACCGACAUCUUACUGCUAGGUAUAUAUAGAAUUGAUUCGUCUGUCGCCUCAUUGCCUUUAGAUUAACCGAAUUUUUUCAUAGUAAAAAUCCACCGAUUGUGUCGAGUCGAGCCGAGCCUGGAGCAUUUUUCUGUUGGAAAUCGGCUCUAUCACGGCUUUAGAUGGCUUUCUUAGUUGAACCGAGAGGAGACAAAAGGAACAUAUACGUGUUCAUAAUUAUAUGUAUACAUUUAAAGCCUCGAAAUUAUUGAAUGAGUUCACUUUGUUCCUUGUGAGUCACUCUUUGUUGUACCAGGGUGACCCGCUACUGUUCGAGUCAUAUUGUCGUAACCAAAUUAUCCAAUUCAGAUAUUGAAUACAGAAUAUUCAAUGGCAAUUAAAGUAUGAGUUUUUAAGCAACUAUUGCUAUCCCCAUCUCCUCUCGGAACUAUUAUGAAAGCUUUAAGGGGUUAAAGUUCGUUUCCUUGAUUAAGGAAUUCUAGACAUCUUUACCCCAUAUAGUGUAAGACAUUCCAAAUUAUGUUACCAUAUUUAAAGUAUUAUAUUAUAUUAAGUUUGGCAGCCAAACUCAUCAAAUACAUACUGCCGUUUUUAUAAAUUAAACAUUGUAUGCGAAUGAUUAUUUAAGAUGUUAUUAUUACUUGUAUUUAAAAUGUGUAAGACGUGUCGAAUGUGAAACCUAAGUUACAUAAUAUUAGUUACUUGUACUAGCCGUUGCCCUCGACUUCCUUUACUUAAUGUAACAUUUAAUACAAUCAUAUGAUUUAAAUUCUUAUAAGUGUCAUUUAAUCAAAAUUCUCAUGUAAUUGUCACUUUUACAUAUUAGGGUCAAUUUGGCGGGUCAUAGGCCAUGUGAGGAUCUCGAGUGGGUUUAAUAAACUCCUUCCUACUUAAGAUCUGAUUCAUUACCUGACGCACUGUUAAAUGUGAACUCAAUAAAAUAUGAACUUUAUACAUAUGCCCAUAUAAUGCUUAUCGUUACUGGAGUUUAAGGCCGAUUUACAUUAUCUUAGUGUUUAGGAGAGUGCUUUAGGAUAUUACUUUAGUUGAAACAUGUAAACACUACUUGCUUUAGUAAACGCUACGCUAAAUAACUUGCCUUUCAAGUUGUACUAAAGCACUCUCCUAAACACUAAGAUAAUGUAAAUCGGCCUUAACGCACAAUUGUAUUCAAGUAUCAAAGUUACCUGUUUUUUGAGAUGAGAAUUUAGGUCAAACUCCAAUGCACACAUCGAUCAAAGCGACAGUGAUCAUUGAUGUUACACAAUGCUUGUUCAUGGAUAACAGCUUUUGGGAGGCCCCGUGUGAAGCGACCUCAUAACAGUUAUAGCAACUAAAAUUUACUAUUCAAUACAUCUUUGUGUUUCACAACACUUUUCGGCGCGUCCUACAUAAUGCAGACAAGUGUUAUGUAAUUCCGUCCUAAGAUUGCUAAAUAACUUAUUUGAACAAUUUUUGUAUCGUUAAGUAUAUAUUAUAGAAUUUAUUACACAAUGUGCGCACGGUUUAAGAUUCGGAAAGUUCUAGAAUGUAACCAAAAGUUUACGUUGUUUUGUAUGUUUCUUGGUACUAGGCGCCUUGUUCAUCCAAUUGUUAAAAAAAUUAAAUAUAUUUUAUGAGUCUCGAAGGCUUUUUCGUUAUCGCCAUAAUAAUAGGUUUUCUACAAUAUGCCAAAGAAAUGUUUAUGUAAAAAAUCCAUAUUCAUUUUUGAGUUUUUGCAUGCAAUAUAUAAUCAUAAGUUAUAACAUCACUUUAUCUGUAAGUUAUUUUUAUAUUUUUGAUACAUUUAGUUGAGAGUAGUCUUAAGAUCUAUGUAUUAAAGUUUAAAUAUAUAUUUUCGAAUCUCA